CGGGAUUACUGCAAAGAAAGAUCAGAGUCGUCAAACAGUUAAACGCUCGGCACUGCCACUGAAGCAGCAGCUGCUGGAGCCGGUCAGGGGAGGCACUUUCGGGGCGAAGCGUCUGCUGGCAGUCUCGCUACUGCGCUUUCAGAGUUCUUCCCAGCCUCCUUCGGAGCCCUCCGCAGCCGAGAAGAACACCCGCACCGCGAGGAGAAGUUCUGCUAAAUUGUGACAAUGCGUGAAUACAAUGAAAACAAAGAGACAUGUGGGACCAUCUGUCUCAAAUACUUGCUCUUCAUCUUCAACUUCUUUUUCUGGCUGGCAGGUGGAGCUGUGAUGGCGGUAGGCAUCUGGACCCUGGCUGAGAAGAGUGAUUACAUUAGCCUCCUGCAGUCCAAUACAUACAUGGCAACAGCCUACAUCCUGGUGGUGGCAGGAGUUGUCGUCAUGAUUACUGGCAUCUUGGGCUGCUGCGCCACUUUCAGAGAGCAACGGAACCUGCUAAGAGUGUAUUUUAUAUUGCUGCUGUGCAUUUUCCUGCUUGAGAUAAUUGCCGGAAUCCUGGCCUAUAUCUACUACCAGCAGUUGAAUAUGGAGCUGAAGCAGAACCUGAAGGACACAAUGACCCAGAAGUACCGGAAGGAGGGAGAAGAGAGCGUGACUAGUGCAGUGGACAAACUGCAACAGGAGUUUAAGUGCUGUGGCAGCCAUAAUGCUUCAGACUGGAGUGACAGCGAUUGGAUCAAAUCCCCCAAUGCCUCAAUGCGGAAGUUUCCGGACAGUUGCUGCAAGACAAUAACAGAUCUCUGUGGCCGAAGAGAUCAUCCUUCAAAUAUCUACAAAGAGGGUGGCUGCAUUACUAAACUGGAAAACUUCAUUCAAGAACACCUGAAAAUUAUUGGUGCAGUAGGGCUUGGCAUUGCUUGUGUACAGAUAUUUGGGAUGAUCUUCACCUGCUGCUUGUACAGGAGUUUGAAAUCGGAGCCUUACUAGGAGCUGAGGGACAACUGACCUGCUUGACUCCAUCAUGUUCCAGCCCGUUGCCCUACCCUCUGCCCAGCAGCACAGGAACAUCAGUCUCACACAGACUUUUGCUGCCUAAUGAAAUUGUUCUUGGAUCACCCAGUGCCUCUGCCCUAUAGAGCAGUCCUCCUUUAAUGUAGCAUGGAAAGGCCAGGACUCACUCAGUCAUGUCUUUGUGGUCCAGAUACAUGGAGCUGCAGAAUUCUUUCCGCUAAAAACUUUUACAAGCUAGGCCCAGUAGGCAAUCUGAAAGAGAAAUCAAAGCUGCUGAGGCCCAGGGUCUCCAUGUUUCCCUUCCAGCCUCUUCAUCAAGAUUUCAGUUCUCCAUGGGUUGACAGCUGACCACAAGAAUGCCUGACAGUAGGAGUUUAAAUGCUGUCUUCUCACACCUAGAGAAAAAAAUGCCUGUUUGGACAUGGUGGAAGUUCUGAUGGCAACUCUCUCCCAUCCCAGAGUUGCUGUCUCUGCCAAUUGCUGUCCCUGCUGGGUAAUCUCUUCUCCUGAUCUCCCUGAGGAUGUGCCUGAAAUAUGGACGUACUAGGUUAUUCAUCGCAACCUGCUGCUUCUUCCUCAAGGUCUCCCUGUGGAGAAGGCCCCUCUGAAGAAGUCUUGUGCCUUUCAAGACAGGCAUUGGAGGACAUCCCGUUCUUUGAUUUAGAAGCCUUGGUCUUUUUUCUCUCUCUUAACUUUUGGACUUUCACAUAAAAUGGUUUCCUGCACGUAGAAUGCUGCCACAAUAACUCUACUUUGUGGAAUGACACAGAACCCUUUCCCAUAAAUAGGCUCCCCGCCUAGAAUGAUGCUGCAUUUAGUUGGGCAAGAAAUGCAUUUCUAGCUCUGUAUCCAUAGCCAAAGUCUCAUUAACCAGCCAAGCACUAUCUGUCUGGAACAAGACACAGAAUUUAGCUGUGCUGUUCAUUUGUCUCAUUAACUCACUGAUAACACUUCAUCAAAAAAUGUUGGGUUUAAAAAAAUAAAUAGUAGGAAGGCAUAAAGCAAAUUACAUAUGGAAGGGAGAAAAGCAAUUGGUAUUGCUUUGUAUGCACAGCAACUAUAUCAUCUAUAGAAGAGGUGGUCCUUUCCUAACAAUGGCUUCCACCACUAGACCUACAAGCUUUCCCAGUAGUUAUGAACAGGUCAACUUCACUAAAGAUUUUCAUAGAAAUGUCCCUUCUGUCCAGAUCCUCUCUGUAUCGGCUAUGCCCAAAGUAUUUCUUGCUCAUUUCCCAGGUUUCUCUUUCAUAUUUUAGUCCAAUAGGAAUUUUCAUUGAAUAUCUUUUCCAUGCCUCUUCCAUAUGCAGUAGCAGUACAUGCAUGUACACAUACUAUAAAGUGUAUACUGUACGUGUGCAUGUGCAUAUAUAGGCCUCCUGUACCAUUGCGAGUCUCUUGAGUUAGCUGUGUAUGGCAGGCCAUGUACAGUGGCAUCAUAUGCAGUUUGUUAAUGCUUUUGCAUUACAUCUCCAUGUGCCAUUCUUUUCAGUCACCCUUCCUCAGACUUCAUACCAGCAGCACGUCUGUGGCCUUUUCCAUACUUUUUCUGUGUAAACCACUUUGAGAAUUGUUUUGUUGGAACAUGGUAUACAAAUAAUAAAGUAUUUCAUUUCCCCCCUGAAGGGGAAAAUGCAAAUCUGAACCUAACUCCAAAUCGGAUCAUGCCCAUCACAAUCCCAGCAAUAUCUAAGCUCCUACCACCACCCCACAAUGUCCAAAGCUGACUAGAUGUGCCUUUCUCCAGCUGUACUGGAGGCCAAAAAACCAUGUGCUUAUUUGCUGUUCCAGUUGCUAGUUGUUAUUUGUCAGUGUUGUGGUCCUUGGCAGGCAAGCCCUUAACGUCGUCAACACAUAGGUGAAAAGUCUAUCAUAUCGUACCUUCACAGGGGUGCGGAAGCAGGAGAGUUUCCUCCUGGCUUUGGGCAGGAAGCUAAAAAGGUGGUUCAGUGUUCAAAAGGAACACUGCGGAGAGGUGAAAAGGAUGUCGUUAACGGAAACAUCAACAUAUAAUAUUUUAAUGCAGGAGAAAGAUUUCAUCCGAACGAUUAAAAAGGCAGUCAGAUGCCUAAAUUAUUGUGGGAGAAAGUAUUAAAUUAUUUCCUGGUAUCUUCACUAUAUCUCCCCUCCCCCCUGGAUGUUACUAUUAACUAAAAAUGGAAACAAUUAAACACAGUUGCUUGAAACAGUAUUUCAGACUGAUGAAGUGUAUGUGUAUAUAUAUAUAUGUAUAUGGCUAGCUUUCGAUUUCCCCUUGUUCUGGAAACCAUUUUGUGCCAUGGUAAGAGAGGGCCAGGUGUGCCAGUCAGCAAUCUGUGCCUGCUCUUUUCCUCGUAUAAUAACCCUGCUUUACUCAAUUUAUAUUGCUGGCCAAUAAAGCUAAUAUGACUGUA